AUGCACAUCUAUACUACUUGCGGUGUAUGGGAAGUAGGUGCUACGGGGUGGGUGUUUUCGGCUGAUGACAGAGGGGGAAGGUUACAAUUAUUGGAAGCAAAUUCUACCUUAGAGGAUUUAAAGAGAAUGGUGUUGGAGGAUUAUGAUAUGGAAGAAGAUAUGUUAGCCGAUAUGGAACUGAGUUAUUUACCUGCUGGGUUGAUCAAUACAUCAACAUCUCCACCAGUGUUCAUUGCAAAUGAUC